CAUAUCCUCAAACCAAUCUUUUAGAAACAAAGAUAUGGCUCCCAUAAAUCUGGCUCAUCGACGAACUCAUAAUUUACUUUUAAUCUCCAAGCUUCUAAGUCUGAGGGAUACUGCGUCACCGCUCACGCUCUUGUUGGAUUCUCUGGAGCAGCCGGCAAAACCACUCAUUAAAGAAUACAUACGACGUGCGAAGUUGUCCAAAAUUCAUGUUACUUUUAUUUCCUUCGAGACUUUGAAACAACCAGAUGGUGUCGAUGUCUUCAUUUCAGCUCGACGUAAGAGCACGUUAGAUAUCGCAAAGGAAGUGCGUGCUGCAUGCUCGGCUCCGUCUGGUAAUCAACCGCGUCGAUGUCUUAUAAUCAUCGAUGCGAUUAAUCCCCUCCUAAACUCUAAAGGUUCCGAUAAGAAUGUCAACCUACCAAGUUUUCUGGGCUCAUUUAUUGUCCCCCCAGCACCUUCUACGCCGAAGGUGGAAUCAUCUCUUGUGGUGACCUAUCAUCAGGAUGUCCCAAGUGUUUCUAAUCGGCAACCAUACUCUCCCUCUCCCCUUCCGAUGUUAACAUACCUUGCGACAACCAUCAUCAAACUGCACUCAUUCUCUCACAUCCUCGCUCAGAAAGCUGCACGAGAUCGCAGCCUAGUGGCUCCUGUAUUCGGUCUUGCAGAGGAACAAGACGGUGUGUUGCUCGGCAGGCUUGACAAAAUAGCUGGUUGCGGAACUACAGGAAUUGUUCUCGAGAUGGAACAUCGAAGGAAAAGCGGCCGUGGGGUUCUCGAAUGGUAUCUAUUACCGCCUGCAUCUCAUUAUCCGCCCCAGCAGAUGAAGGAAGUUGUCACACUUCUUGACGAUAAUCCUCUAUAUCGACCUCCGGAGGAGCUUGAUACUGCAGCAGCGGGUGAAGAGCCUGAAUCCACGUUCGACUUGCGACUAACCGAACGGCAGAGGCGAGAGAGAGAAGGCGUGGUAUUACCGUAUUUCGAUGCACAACAUGGCGACGGUCCCGGAGAAGGUGGACGGAUCUUAUACGACAUGGGAGAGGAAGAUGACUUUGAUGAAGAAGAAGAUGAGAUUUGAAAUUCUGCAAAGCAUUUAUCAAACUUGCGCUACACGGGCGAAUGUGCAUGACGUUCUGUUUCCAACAAAUGGCUGCUUUUCUAGAUACCUGCCCACAAGCUGACGGGAAAUCUUUGGGGAUGGCAUGGACAGCUUAACACUUUUCGCCUUCACCAAAUGAGGCUUAUCUUCCGCGACCGUUGAAUAUAUUUCGAUCGAAUAAUUUCAACAUAGACAACAACGUACGAGUGACUGCAGCAGAUCGGUACGAAUGUAUCGGAGUGCAAUAGGUGCCAUCUACUUUCUGCUUUGGUGCGCAACCCUUGCUCAUUGGGCUGGUCCAAACGACGUGAGUAUACCAAAUAGCCUUUAAAGACAUGGUCGAGCCGCCGAAGCAAGUUAGUCUCCAUAGUGUUCGAUCAGAACCACUUGUCGCUUGGGAGAUCGUCAUUAUUGUUAGAGUGCAGCUGCAUUUUGCUUAUCUAGAUAGAUAAUUUAUUCC